AUGAACUUCACGCGACAGAGCUUCAUCAGCUUGGUGUAUCCUGGCCCUGGAGAUAUGGAGGGGCUAGAUAAUGCCCUACGCUCGUUCAUCCAGUUUCUCGGUGUCGGCCUUUUCACCCUUGCCUUUUUCCUUUGGCGUAAUGGGAAUCAAAUUAAAUGCAUCGAUAUAGACGGGGUGCAGAUGAAGGAGAUGAGUGUAUCUAGGCAGGGAGAAGAGCUAGCACACGACGAGCCAUAUCUUAUCCGUGAUGGCAAUUAUCAAGAAGUUGUUCUGCACACGGCAGAGCAUAUCAUUUUCGGCCAGAGAACUUGGGCUUUGGUGAUUACUUCUACCGAUAACUUGGGGGAAAGCGUACUUGGACAAUGUGUGGGAGCCGUUAGCGGAGAACAGUGGCGAGUUAUCCGAAGCUAUUUCGAUACAGCAUACACAAACAGCGCCAGCUUAGCCAUGCUCCCAUCUUUUCAAUGUGAGGUUUCUAAGUGGUUGUCUGCGCUUAAAAAUGAUUCUCUCCGUUCCGGAGUGGGUAGGUUAGUUGUGCAUGCGCCCACAUCUUGCAAAUCCUUGACAUUGCGGGUUAUACCCCGGAGCUUCUAUGGCGAAGCAUACAAUGAAGCUGCACAUGGAAAGUUGAACCAUAUCAGCAAGCUUCAGGCGCAGGUUCUCCGGUACGCUAUAACGGAUGGAAUUAAUAAUUCCGGCAGAGCAUGCAUUCAAAGGCGUGCAGCCAAACAAUGCAAUGUCUAUGGAGCAGCUGAUCUCUCUCUUGUCCAGUAUCUCCAAACCAUUGACGAGAUGCUCUUCACCAAUAUUGAGGUCACCGGCAGUAUCUUGGCUUAUAUAUUCAGCCAGCUAGCCAAGCAUCAAGAUUUCCAACAGCGGCUUUACGAUGAGGUUUUGGCCUCUAAGUCCGCAGGAGAACUGUAUCUGCGUGGCUACUUGGGCCAACAAAACACCCUUUUGCACUACCUGACCUUGGAAAGCGUACGGCUGCGGCCUGCUACUUGUAAGGGCUUUUCAGCUUCCUUCCAUCAUCGCUCAGAUAUGAUCGCUGACCAGGACGCUCCGCAGGGUUCUCAGCGCCAGAAUAUUCCGGCCAAGACACCAAUUGUAAUUGACGUCCGUCGCCUCAACACUAGCGCCAUGACCUGGGGUCCUGAUGGCACCAAGUUUCGCCCAGAGCGCUUUGCUGCCCUCUCACCAAAUCAAUAUCGUUACGGAUUCAUGCGGUUCGGCGUCGUGUCCGGUAAAUGUUUAGGCAAGCACAUGGCGGAACUGUUAAUGAAGGUGGCCAUAGUCACCGUCCUAGAACAGUACAAAAUAGGGGAGAUGGAAGUUUGCAUCGGCGUCAAACAGGGGGACUUAGCCUUUAUCAGGCGCUAA